AUGAAGCGGCAGGCCGGGAGGGAGGUGAGUCCGUCCAGGGCCGCAGCUAAACGGACCCGGGAGAGGGAGCGAGAGAGCGGCCGCAGAGAGGAGCUGCCGCCGCCGCCGCCGCCGCUGGCUCUGCUGCUGGCGGAGAGCCGGGGCUACCACCGCCGCAGCCGCAGCAGGGAGCGAGAGAAGCCGCGGCUCCGGGAGGAGCGGGCGGCCGCUCUGGAGCUCCACCACCGACACGAGCUCAGCCUCCUCGGCCGCCCGCCGCUCCGCACCGCGGCGGCCGAGCUGCCCGCCGCCAGGCCCGGGACCCUGGAGUACAAGACGCUGCUCAUCAGCAACCUGGGCUCGCAGGUGCCGGACGAGGACGUGGAGGACGCGCUGUUCCACGAGUUCAAAAAGUUCGGGGACGUCAGCGUGAAGCUGUCGCACACGCCGGAGCUGGGCCGGAUCGCGUACGUCAAUUUCCGGCAGCCGGAGGACGCCAAGGAGGCCCGGCACGCCAAGUCCUCCAGGCUGGUGCUGGGGGACCGGCCGCUGAAGAUCGAGCCCAUGUACGUCCGGAGGCGGAGUGUGACGCCGCCGGACGUCGGGUAUUUACCGCUGCACCCCCCCUACAGACCGAGGUCCCUGUCCCCGCCGGGCCCCGCGGUCAGCAGCAUCAGGGACCUGAGAGCCCGACACUACGCCCUGGAGACCCUGGGGCUGGGCCGGGACCGGGACCGGCUGCUGGACUACUACGGUAUGUUGGACGAGAGGGGGCGACCCUACGGCCUGCCCAUGCCCGUGGUGGAGGACCUGAAGCCCGAGGACGACCAGAGGGCGACCAGCAACCUGUUCAUCGGGAACCUGGACGGGAACGUCACCGAGGCGGAGCUGAGGCGGGGCUUCGAGAAGUAUGGCGUCAUCGAGGACGUGGUGAUCAAACGUCCGGCUCGCGGACAGGGCGGAGCCUAUGCGUUCGUCAAGUUCCAGAACCUGGACAUGGCCCAUCGAGCCAAGGUGGCCAUGCAGGCCCGGCUGAUCGGUGGGAACCCCAUUAAGAUCGGUUAUGGCAAAGCGAACCCCACCACGCGCCUGUGGGUGGGCGGCAUCGGGCCGGGGAACUCCCUCGCGGCUCUGGUUCGGGAGUUCGAUCGGUUUGGAAGCAUCAGGAAUAUCGACUAUGUCAAAGGGGACAGCUUCGCUUACAUCCAGUAUGAGAGUCUGGACGCCGCCCAGGCCGCCUGCUCCCAGAUGAGGGGCUUCCCUCUGGGGGGGCCCGAGCGGCGUCUCAGGGUGGACUUUGCUAAAGUUGAGGAAAGCCCCUCCCGGGUGUUUCCCCCCGGGUAUCAGCCCCCUGUGGCGCUGCCCUCCAGCUACGACCUCCUGGGGGAGGCCUUCAGCCGCCACCGCAGCCUGGAGCGGGAGCUGAGGGGGGCCAGGGACCGCCCGUCCCCGCCCCCCCACAGCGCCCUGUCCCAGAGGGACAGAGACAGGCCGGUGCUGGAGAGAGACCACCCCACCAGCCCCACCCGCAGCCUGGAGCGCAGGGCGGGAGGCGUGGAAGCAUUCGGGAGGAGAGGAGGGAGGAGCCGCAGCAGGAGCAGGGAGCGAUGGCUGAAGGAGAGGGAGGAGAGGAGGAGCCGGAGGAGGAGCAGGAGCCUGUCCACUGAUCGGCAGGCGGGGGAGAAGGAGAAGGAGAAGGAGAGGGGACGAUCGAGGGUCCGAGGUCCAGGAGGCGUGGUCUCUCCAGAUGCGAGUCCAGACCGAGCGAGGGUUCGAGCCCCCGACUCCACCACCGAGCCCAGAGACCACUCCCCCGACAGCGGGGCCGGGGGCCGCCACGCCGCCGGGCACGAAGAAGAGCCAGCGCCUGCUCGCCACCACGGCAAGAGGUCGUCCAGCGUGCAGCUCAACAACCAUCACCAGCGAACCAGCGAGGUCAUCGCUGCCAGCCCCCCCGCCCCCCCCACGGACACCUCCUCCUCUCCCAGCACGCUGUCCGAGUUCGCCCACGCCUCGCUCUCCAAAACCUGGCACGGCUUCUUCGCCCUGAAGAACAGCAGCUUCCCCACGGAGCUGCACCUGCUGGAGGGGGGGCCGGCGUUCUUCAGCGCGGUGAUGAAGGAGACCCUGAAGCAGCAGAGCCACAAGCAGCCCAGCCAGCUGAAGAUCGCCCAGCGGCUCCGCAUGGACCAGACCCGGCUGGACGAGGUGUCCCGCCGCAUCAAGCUGGGACGUCCCGACGGGUUCGCCAUCCUGCUGGCCCUCCAGGGCCCCGUGGACCGCCAGGCCCCGGCCCCUGAGCCGGGCCUGCAGGUGCGCCUGCUGCGCCACCUGGUGACCUACCUGCGGAACAAGGAGGCGGCCGGAGUCGUGAGCCUCCCGGCCGCGAAGGGGGGGGGUCCCGGGGCCAUGCUGUACGCCUUCCCCCCCGGGGAGUUCUCUCAGCAGUACCUGCAGGCUGCCAAGAGGACUGUGGGUCAUCUGGACGAGGAGCACAUGGUGAUUGUGAUUGUCACCGACACUAAUUGAUUCAUCACAGUACACACACACACACACACACACACAUACUCUCUCGCCGGACGACCACAGACUUCCGUGUUUUUAAAAAGAUGCAUCUUCUUUUUUUAUUCUGUGUCUUAUGAACUGAACACAGCGACUGACACUACAUCUCUUCACUUUACGUCUCCUCCCUCGGGGGGACGCACACACACACACACACACACACACACACACACUAACACUGACACUCGGUUUUAUGCUUGUUAACUUUAUGUGUGUUUUAUCAUGGAGCUGAAUCCACCAGGUUGUUUCUUUACACCCGACCCACGUGGGACUAAGAGGUUUUCUACAAAGUGAUUGUCCUGUGAACUCACAGGUUACAGCUGUCGUCAGGUGUUGUGUUUUGAUUGUGUGUUCAAAGCUCCAGUAGAGACACACAAACAUUUCCUGACCCGUCCCUGGGACUGUUUACUCUUCACAGUGUUUUUAUCAGUUCAACCAUUCCACUUCUACAGUGCGAGUGUGUGUUGCAUGCAGGAAAAGAAAAGAACAAGUUUUAUAUUAAAAUGUCUGCUUCCUUUUCAA